AUGAAAGGAGAGUGGGAUACGGGUGCAAAAAAGAAAGAAAAAAAGGACAGAUGGGAAAUGCCAAAAAAGGGGAAAGGUAAGAAAGACGUAACUGAAGAUGGGAAAGGUGAAUCCGCUGAAAAGAAGAAGCAUGUAUCCCUUAAAUCCGAGACGGAAAUGGAAAUGGAAGAGGACGAAGAGGAAGGCCCACCCAUGGCUAUUGAAGGUAUCGUGCGCCUUUGCCUGCCGUUGGAAAUUCAAACCGUUCUCGAAUGCGUUAUAGGAGAACAAUGCACUCUGGACUCGCCUUGGGUGGAAGUGCGAAAAGCUGCAAUCCAAGAAAACAUUGGAACCCUUAAGGCGGAGUCACCGUUCUACGACAGCAGAAUUGCAAUUACCACUUACCCCGGAGAUAGGAUGUUCAUCGGGUGGGAUGUGUUAGAAGAAGCAGAAAACCAAUUUCUACUGUGCUUGACGAAAGAGGCUCGAGAAGAGAUUCUUGAAGUGUUGGAGCAAAAGAGAAUAGCUGUAGAGGAGCGCUUGGGGAACGCCGUCUUGAAGAGUAUCAAGGAAUGGAAGUCACUCGGAACGGAAACAUUCUUAGAAGAGGCUGCUAUACGGGACACGAGACCAAAACUGAAGACAAAAAUGUUGACAGAACGGGACGUAGACAAAUCACAGGCACCCGCCGAUUUUGAAGACGAAGGUGGCGACGGGGAAGACGACUUCAGUUUUAGGUUCUUCCCCAAAGAACAUUUGAAGUCAAACCGUAUCGCGAGGAAAAGGUACGAUAACUUCUGUCAGGCGAGUCCUCCUGUGACUAACCGAGAGGCACAGACGUACACUGCCAUUCCGAGACACACCUGGUCACAGUAUGAGUACACAGUGGACGUAGGAGCGGGGACGUUACAAGAAGAAGUCGUAGAAAAGCUUGAAGGCUACUUGAGUUCGGUGAUGGAAAAUGUAGAGAGUCAACUCACUUACAACGCCGUCCUAGACUUGUACUGUGAUGACUACGGCAGGAUUGGCGUUGGGGCUCAAGACUACGAGGUUCGCGAGAAAGUCGUUUUCGAGGAGUACGAGAACUUCAUCGAUGUCCAGCACUGCAAGGAGAGGGUGGUGACGUCAGUGGCGUGGCACCCGACACUUACUGGCACAGUCGCUGUCUCCUACGCGGAGCACACACGCUUCACUUUCUACGAGAGGUCUGCGUCUAAGGGUCUGGAGCAGAUGUACAGGGAGGUCAAGAAUAGGUUCUAUGGCAACAACCUUGUUUUGCUCUGGAGCUUCACAGACAAGUUCACGCCCAAGUUACGGCUGGAGAGCCCGCAUGAAGUGCACUCACUGGCGUUCUGCCCCACGGACGGCGACCUUCUGGUGGGAGGACUCGCCAGUGGCCAGAUUGUGGUGUGGGACCUGGCGGGUCGGCUGGAGCGCGUGGAGCAGCGCGAGCAGCUGACGGAGAAACAGCAGGCGCACCGCACCGCCAUGAUGGCCCACCUGGCGUUCAUGCGGCCGCUCGCGCCUGCGCACAUCGUGGCGCCCGCCUUCGUCUCUUCCAUUGAGUUCUCCCAGGAUUCCUCCAUCACGCACAUCCAGUGGAUCUGCCCGCGCUGGACGGUGACGAACCGCGGCAAGCUGGCGUCUGUGGUUGAGGACGCUUCGCCGUCCCUGGCGCUGCUGACGGGCUGCGAGGACGGCACGGUGGCGCUGUGGGACCUGGAGGCCCGCCAGCCGACCGUCGAGACGGCGCUGGUGCAGCCCAAGGCGCGCGGCGGCCGCAAGGGCCGGUGCGAGCUGCCGGAGGGCGAGGGCGCAGAGCCGCGCCAGCAGCUGGGGAUGGGCACCGCCACGGGCGCCGUGCUGCGCCUCGCCUGGGACGGCAUCGAGACGCGCUCGGGCGCGCCCGUCGACUCGCAGGCGGGCACCUACCUGUGGCACGCCACGCUGCACGACGGGCCCGUCUCCUGCAUCGCGCGCAACCCCUUCUGCAACGAGGUGCUCGCCAGCGCCGGCGGCCACGUCUGGGCGCUCUGGAGCGACACGUACGAGCCGGGCGGGCAGCCGCUGCUGUGGCGGUGCAACACGGCGCCGGUGUCGUGGUGCGCGUGGUCCGUGCACCGGCCGUCGCUGCUGCUGGUGGCGCUGGCGGACGGCUCGCUGCAGGCCUGGCACCUGCGCGACAGCACGAGCGCGCCGGCGCUGGCGCAGAACAUCUCCGGCCGCGUGCUCAACACGGUCUGCCCGCACCACCUGCCCCUG